UCGCCAACUGGCACAAGAGGACAAGCACCAACUCAGCAAACGCAGCUCAUACACUUACGACACACCACCAAAGGACACACUGACUGGGACGACCGCUAGCACCAACGCCAACACUCAGAACAACGGUAACACGGGGUGGAGUGCAUGGGCAGCAAAAGGUGCAACAACAGCCACAACAGCACCAGCCACACAAGGAAGGAGAGUGGUUGCCAUGGGAACGAGGGCUUUGAGCGACUCUACUGUUCAGAAACGGGCCAAGCGCACCAAAGUGGUCGAGAAAGGACAGGGCCCAAAGGGCCGGAAAGGGCAGGCGCUGCUGACGGCGAUGUUUCAGACAAAGCCCAAAUCUUAA